ACUGAAAACUCCACAUGCCAGGCACAAGCCACCACCUUUGGGAAAAAGCUUUCAGCCAAAAUAAAAACCCAUUUCUUUCCCUUUGAUCUGUUCAACUCAAUCAGUUUACUCUUAAAUUUUUCUUCAAGAAAGAACCCAUUUGAAGGAGAAAGAAAGAAACCAAGAAAAGCUUUCCCAAAAUGCAUGAUUUUUGCUUCACAAUCCCUUAUGGAUUGAUUCUUGUGGCUGGAGGAGUUGUUGGGUAUUUGAAGAAAGGGAGCACAGCAUCACUUGCUGGGGGUGUAGGCACUGGAUUGGUUCUCAUUCUUGCUGGAUAUUUGAGCCUUAAGGCUUUUGAGAAGGGAAAGAACUCUUAUUUGGCUUUGGUUCUUGAGACUGUUACUGCUGCUGUGCUGACAUGGGUCAUGGGACAACGUUAUUACCAGACAUCUAAGAUUAUGCCAGCCGGAAUUGUCGCUGGGAUCAGUGCUCUUAUGACCGGGUUUUACUUGUAUAAAAUUGUGACCGGUGGCAAUCGCAUUCCAGCCAAGGCUGAAUGACAGUGUUGAGUGCAUUGACAUUACCAGUUUUAACAGAUCCGUCAAGAUCAGUGAAGCUCGGAUGCUUUUAUUGGGAAACUUUAAUUUCUUGAAUGAAAUUGUAUCACAUGUGCUAUACUCUAAUGUGUGUAUGAUGCAAAAGAUAGCCUUUGUUUUAUGUGAAAGUAAAGAACCAGGUUUAUGACCAAAAAUUAUGUUGUUUCUACAGAAUUCCCUUCUUUUUAA